GUUCCUGUUGGAGCCAGAGCCCCGUCCUUUGCUCUCCUGCCAUGAUCGUGCUGCUUCUGAGCAUGCUGAUGGCGCCCCAUGCUGGGGGCCAUCCUCUGGACACUCCACAUCUUCCGCAGGAGUUGCCUCCAGAACUCUCAAAAAAUAUCAAUAUCACACUCUUCAAUGGGAUGUUUCAAAAUGUGGAAAGUGUAGCCGAAGUUUUUGACUGCCUGGGCACCCACUUCACCUGGCUGCAGGCUGUCUUCACCAACUUCCCUGUGCUGCUCCAAUUCGUGAACGGUAUGAAGUGCGUGGCUGGUCUCUGCCCCCGGGACUUUGAAGACUAUGGCUGCGCCUGCAGGUUUGAGAUGGAAGGGCUGCCCAUGGACGAAUCUGACAGCUGCUGCUUCCAGCACCGCAGGUGCUACGAGGAGGCCGCUGACAUGGACUGUCUGCAGGACCCGGCCAAGCUUAGCACAGACAUCGACUGCGUCAGCAAGAAGGUCACGUGCGAGUCUAAGGACCCUUGUGAGCACCUGCUGUGUACCUGUGACAAGGCUGCCAUUGAAUGCUUGGCUCGGUCCAGCCUCAACUCUUCACUGAACCUUCUGGACAGCUCCUUCUGCCUGGCUCAGGCUCCAGAGACAACCAUCGGGAGAGAGCUGACAACACUUCUGCCCAGAGUGGAUCCUGGGGAGCCCACAGAUGCCAGCCUGAAAGCCCUCUCAGGAGAAGAACGAGGCCAAGAUCAGGAAGGCGUGGAAGCUGCUAGGACCACAUCCCCUCCAGGAUCUGCAGAGAUUGUUGCCGCAGCUGAAAGUGUAACCCUUGUCCCUGCUGGUGUUAAAUCUGUGGGGCUGGCGGUGUCAUCCGUUGAGAAUGGUCCUGAGGAGACGACGGGCAAAGCCUGUGACAGAUUCACCUUCCUGCACCUGGGACGUGGGGACAGCACGCAGGUGAUGCCGCAGCUUGGAGAGAUGCUCUUUUGUCUGACGUCCCGGUGCCCAGAGGAGUUUGAAUCUUACGGUUGUUACUGUGGGCAGGAAGGAAGAGGCCAGCCGAGGGACGCCCUGGACAGGUGCUGUCUGUCCCAUCGCUGCUGCCUGGAGCAGGUGAGAAGGCUGGGCUGCCUGCUCGGGAAGCUUCCUCAGUCGCCGGUGGUGUGUGUGGAUCGCACACCCAAGUGUGGGGGGCAGAGCCUGUGCCAGAAGCUGCUCUGUGCCUGUGACCGGACGGCAGCUGAGUGCAUGGCCUCCGCCUCCUUUAAUGAAAGCCUCAAGUCCCCAGCUGGAAAAGAGUGCCCCGGGGGACCGGCGGCCUGCGAGAACAGCCUGAGCCCAGAGUCCUCAGCCCCUUCCCUGGGCUCCAGCUCCGAGGAGAACAGUGAGGAGGCCCCGCCCCACACGGAGGGCCACAGAAGAGACAGAAGAUUUCUGCAGAAGUCACUUGGUCCCUUAGGGAUCAGGCCCCUCUGUGGAAGAUAG